UAUUUUUAGCUGUCAGUGCGGAUUAAUUCAUCAACACUGACGAAACGUGACUGUCUCUUUAAGAGAAGCUGACGUCAGGUUGGGUCCGGAUAUCCUGGUUUUGCAGAUAGUAAUUUAAUCCUGGAGUGAGAUGAGAAGGAGCUGCAAGGGAGGCGAGAAUAAACCUAUUUCCAAAUAGGCGGCUAUCCAGGACCGCUUCCUUUGAACGGGAACCAUGUCUGUGGCAGGACUGAAGAAGCAAUUCCACAAAGCCACUCAGCGUGUCAGUGAAAAGGUUGGUGGUGCGGAAGGGACCAAACUAGAUGAUGACUUCAAAGAAAUGGAAAAAAAAGUGGAUGUUACUAGUCGAGCAGUGAUGGACAUAAUGACCAAAACAACAGAAUAUCUACAGCCCAAUCCAGCCUCCAGAGCAAAACUGACAAUGAUCAACACAAUGUCAAAGAUUCGAGGGCAGGAGAAAGGACCAGGUUAUCCUCAGGCUGAGGGGCUUCUGGGGGAGAGUAUGAUCAAGUUUGGAAAGGAACUUGGUGAUGAAUCCAAUUUUGGUCAGGCACUGAUGGAUGCUGGUGAAGCCAUGAAGCAGCUUGCUGAGGUGAAAGACGCCCUUGAUAUGGAAGUAAAACAAAACUUCAUUGAUCCUCUACAGAACCUACAUGAUAAAGAUCUGAAAGAAAUACAGCAUCAUCUGAAGAAAAUGGAGGGGCGGAGAUUAGAUUUUGACUACAAGAAGAAGAGGCAAGGGAAGAUUCCAGAAGAGGAGAUUCGACAGGCACUGGAGAAAUUUGAUGAAUCAAAGGAAAUUGCAGAAUCAAGCAUGUUUAACCUGCUGGAGAGUGAUAUUGAGCAAGUGAGCCAGCUUACAGCACUUGUGCAAGCUCAGCUAGAAUAUCACAGACAAGCUGCACAGAUUUAUCAAGAACUCUCAGUACAGUUGGAGCAGCGAAUGAAGGAGGCGACUGCCUGCCCUCGAAGGGAAUAUAAACCAAAGCCCCGUUUGACUUACGAGUUUGCAGAUGACACUCAACAGAAUGGUGGAGUGACUCACAGUGGGCAAAAGACACCAGGUAAAAUAUUGCAUACAGUUGACAUGAAUAUGUCUCUGAACAACAAUUUGCUUUGAUAUCAGUGGCCAGCG